CGACUGGAUAUUUUGGAUAUAGAAUCAGAUCGUACAAAACAUUGCUUCUAGAGAGAGUGAUUCUAUUCCAACUUGGGUUGAACUGACUUUUGAAAAUGAAUAUUUUCGGACCGAUAAUAUUAUUAACGGCCAUUGCGGUAUGCUGUUCCGGGCAAGGCGGCCCGGAAGAUUGUAUGGGAGCCCGAUGUGAAACUUACGAGCAUAUAAACACCCUUUGGUGCCACCGGGAUCCGGCCAAAUACUGUCAGUGCCGUCCGAACUCCGGGACUUGGUCCUGGGAACCUCGGGUGAUGCCCUGUGCCCCCGGGACAGUUUUCCACUUUUGGCGGCAGGUUUGCGUACAUCCCAGUGUCCGACCGGAUGACGUUUGUGUGAUGCCGGAAGAGGAAGACGAGCCGACUUCCGUGAUGCCAGUUUGUGACCAAGUGCCCUGCAACACUCGCGAGGAACGGGAAAAACUGAGCUGUCACGAGGAUUCGCAUCAAUUUUGCCGAUGCCGUCCGCUGAGUAUCGAUCCGGUUACUUGGGCUGCGAUUGCGAUGCCCUGUGCCCAGGGAACCGCUUUUAGUUACCGGCAUCAGACCUGCUUCCUGCAAGUGGUGUGGACCAACAGUUGUCCACCGUAAGAAAAGGUGAUUGACCCGCGUUUGAAUUUUUGGCGUGAAUGAAUCGAACCAGUACAUAGUGAAGUGUAUAGCUAAGGAGUCAAGAACCUAAUAAAAUUAUUCAUAGCAGGAUUUUGGA